ACCGAGGCCGGACAACGGGCCGGACGCCAUCAAGCCACGCGCCAAGCCCGAGCCGAAGGCUUGGCUUUAGGAUUCCGCAAAGGGAUCGAGAUUGGAGCUCGCGUGGGAUUCUUUCAAGGAUUCGCCCAAGUUUGGCUGGACGCUUUAUCGGCUACUUCAAACGGAAGGGACUCGUUGUCCGCCCGACAAAUCAAAGCUCGCAAGAUCUUGGGAAGACUUGAAGCUCUGGCCCGAUCCUUUUCGUCUGAGAACAUGGCCGACCAAGAUGUAGUAAAUGAUUUGCAUGCCAUGGAGUCCAAAUUUAAAGCUUGCUGCUCACUUUUAAAAGUUCCGACUACAACGCUCAGUCCAUCGGUUGUCUCGUGGUAGACAGUGUAGACGAGGUCAGUGAUGGAGGGUGUUGCGGCUGGGCUCGACCCCGAGCCCAAUCCCUGGCCCCCCAAUGGCUCGGCUCAAGACUCUGGAGUGGAGACCGAAUGUGACCAAGAAAGCAAUGACAGUAGUUUAUCGUCGGUGAGUGUGGGCGGGGCUGGACCGGGUUUACCUCCGGCUGCCAUAGUUGGAGCUUCACCUCCGGUACAACCCGCUGUAGAUGCAGCAAUGGCCGAACCCUUGGCCGGUCCAUCUCACUCCCCCAUCCUGCCUUCUCUCCCGCCCACCCCCGAGCCGACUCUGCCCGUGUCUUCUUCGUCGUCCUCGUUGAUGCCACCCCCGUCUGUAACUGAAGACGGAUAUUUGGGUGAUUGUUCGUCCGAUGGAGGCAACGAGAAGAACUUUCCCAUGCCACCUGAAAAGCUGAAAAGGUUACUCUUUCAAAGACACGCUGGAGGCGGUGGCGACAAUUCAGGCUCCGACACCAACCUCCCCAAUGGCGUAGAUCUAGUAGAACCGCCUGCCGGGUUGGCUUUUCAGAGUUUGUCCCAAGAGCUGCAUCAUGGUUAUCAAAUAUUGAAUAAUGUGCGUGGAAACGGAUCGGUUUUAGGACCUGCCGGUCAUCACCAUUCUCAAAUUGGAUCGCGUAAAAUGCGCUCCAUGAUAAAGAAUAAACUGUCCAAUGCUGCCAACAGUAACAAUUGGUCGCACAUGAAGGCCUACAUGGCUGGGCGUAAAUUAAGAACUGCAGCAAAUGUGAACAAUGUGGAAACAAUCAAUCAGCUUUUAGCUAGUGGUGUGGAUCCUAAUGCGGUGGAUGACCAUCAACGAACAGCUCUCCAUUUUGCCGCUGCCAAAGGCUACUCAGAUAUUGUGAACGUGCUUUUACAGAAUGGAUCGGAUCCAAAUCAGAAGGAUUCCUUGGGCAAUACUGCUCUUCAUCUGGCUGCUUGUACAAAUCACAUCGAUGUUGUCACCUUACUUCUUCGGGCUGGGACCAAUCUCGCAGAGCUGGAUAAUAAUGGACGAACUCCCGUACAAUUAGCUCAAGCAAAGUUGAAGAUGUUGCAAAGAAACCAGAGUUCUGCCACCGAGAUGGGAAAGGUUA